UUUAUUUCUCUAAUUUGUUUCAGAGUUGAGGCCAAUGUCAGUGCUCUCACUAAUUUUGAAGUGCUUGACCUUUUGAGAUCAAGAGGUGCUGGAAGGGAUGCGUCUCGAGCUAUUGCAACCGUAUCUCAAUCUGAGUUCAAGGUUUUUGAUUAUCUAGAGGGGACUGUUGCUUGCAAUCAAACAAGUAAAAUUAUUGGUAACUUCGUUGAAGAGUGCCAAAAAUUUGACCUGGCCAAGGCAAAGAUUCUUAAUAUAAGACCAAGAAGUGAACCUAAGCUUUUCCCGGGGCCUAGCAGUUGGAGGAUGCUCUAUAGUCUGGAUAUGAACUCUGACAAAGGAAUUUUGCUUGCUGCAGAUAAUUUUGGGCUUCUCUAUAUGAUGUCGACGUCGAGAAGCAGCAGAGCCCUUACCUCUCAAGCCUCAGCGAGUAUUCGACGGGUAGUGAGUGGCGGGUAUCCGACGGGUAGCGGGUGACGGAUGCCCGAUGGGUCGCGGGUAUGAGUGGCAAAUAGUAGUGGAUGGCAAAUAAUUUUUUUAAAUAUAUGUUUCGCUAAGUCAUGUUAAGGAUGAAAGUCAUCUUUAACUUAUUAUUUCAUUUUAGUUCGAUGUGUAACGUAGACUUAUAUCAUAUUAACAGUUUUUUUAGUGAAUAAUCUCCAUAAUUUAUAAAUAUAUUAAAAUAAUA